AAAAAAAAAAAAAAAAAAUUUAGUACACAUCAAAAUAUUUCAAACAAAAUCAAAAUAAAAUAAAAAAAAAGUACGACCGUCAAGAAAUAUUCCAUUUGUCAGUCUUAGAAAAAAAGGAUUCGCAUCAAUUCCAUUGGGAGCUGGAAAAGACCAGCAGCAGAUAUAGCGAUCUAUAUUAUUUUAUUUCCUUUUGUGUGGUCGGUUAAGGCAAUUUUGUGGAGCGCCAAAUCGAAACAUCUUUUUUAAUAUAAAUAUUGAAAUAAACGGUCAGUUUUUAAUUUCGUUUUUUCGGGAGCAAAGACAGCAAAUGUAUAUUAGCAAUAGCAACAAUAUUGGUAUGGCCACGUUGUUGCAGAACAAUAAGAAUUGCAUGAAAACGCUUACGAAUGGGGGAAGUGUGGUGGGAGUCGGUGCAGCAGGCAACAUUAUAGUCGGCAAUGUGGUAAGUGGAGGUUCAGCGCCCACCGUUAGCGGGAGCAACAGUCAAUUGGGUUUGGUGGCUUCCUCUAGUGUAGUAGGUGCUACUCACAUGAGCAAUAGUGGUGUAGGUACCACUACAGCCCUAGGAGGGGGCUUAACAGCGGGUACAACCAAUUUAGUAUUGCCUGCGCAGACUCAAACUAUAUUGAUAACGAAUAGCGCAACAGGUGCCUCUAGUUUAUUAACCUAUCAGCAAUAUCAACAGCUAAUACACCAACAACACCAACAGCAGCAGCAGCAGCAGCAGCAGCAGCAACAACAGCAACAACAACAACAGCAACAACAGCAACGCUUGCUCGUCUCUCAAAACAUGGUCAGUUUGCCUAUUGGCAAUUUAGUGAGUACAGCAAACGGUGGCUUAGCCGUAAUUACUGACAAUAGUAAUCAUCAUAAUAAUGUUGUCGCUAGUACAGCCGCCACAGGUGGUACUACAACACAAGGUGCCUUCUUGCUGGCUACCUCAACGCAUGCGAAUACUGGCACUGCCGCAAGUAACUUUCAACAUCAGUUACAGCACCAACUUACCGGUGGCAAUGGACAAGUUGUUACCACCACUCCCGCCACUAGUGAUCUGUUGCAACAUCAGCAACAUCAGCAACAGAAUCAAUCACGUUUAGUAACAACCACUGCUCCAGGUGGCGCUUUGAAUGCACGACAAAUUUCGCAACCCGCCGUCGCCAGUAAUAAUCGCACCACUGCGGUGCUUAUAAAUCGCAACAAUAGUACUAUCAUUGCUGGGAAUGCAGCGCAACGUUUGCAACAUGCCACUAUACUUGCAAAACCCGCGACUAACAUCAUAAAGCCGCAAACGCAGCACCAACAACAACAGCAACAGCAGCAGCAGCAUCAUCAUCAUCAUCCUAUUGUUGUUAAUAACGUGACAUUGCAGCAUGUGAUAAAUGGUAAUGGACAGACACAACUAAUAAACGUUGUGAAGGCUGCAAACGCUAUUAAUAGCACAACAACUGCGAUGUCAGCCACAACAGCCAAAACAACAAUAGCAACAGCAACAACUGCCAUCUUGCCACAGCAACAUCAAAAACAUCAACAACAACAGAUACGAUACGGUGCUACGUCAUUACAACAAAAACUAAAAGUAGCACAGAAUGCUAACAGUCAGCAACUUCCACAAAAACAUACCACAGUGAUCAAUAGUAAAACUAAUGCUAUCACAAACAACACGAAAAGCUUUACUAACACUAGCACCACAAUUUCUGCGGCAUCACCAGCAACCUCAUCUUAUUACAUCACCAAUGCCACCACCAACACAGUGAACGGUCAUCAUAUGACCAGCAGCAGUAACACAUCAAGUUUUACCUCAUCCUCUACCACCACCAUCAACACAGGCUCUUCUAGCAAUGCUUUAUCCAAAACAACAUCUAUGACUAUUAAAACCGAUUUACCCGCUUCUACAAAAACUAAUGGUCAUGUUCUUAACAGUAGCUCUGACACCACCGUUAAUGCCACCGCCACUACCAACAACAACAACAACAACAACAACAACAAUAACAACAACAGAAAUAGGAACAACACCAAAACUAAUGACGGCAAUCAAAGUGCGACAGUAGAUAGAGCCACUAGUUCGAUAAAUUCAGCUAAUGCUUCAUCUCUUUCGGUUUCCUCCUCUUCUGAAAACACAGGAUCUUCCUCGGCAGACCCAGCUAAAAGCCACUCUGAACUGAAUCCGAAUGUUGCUGUGAAACCAGAAGAAUCGCAAGAGGCUGAACCAGAAAUCGAUAUUGUCAUCAAUAACGUCGUCUGUUCCUUUAGUGUUCGUUGUCAUUUAAAUUUGCGCGAAAUUGCCUUACAUGGGUCAAAUGUUGAAUAUAGACGCGAAAAUGGUAUGGUUACCAUGAAAUUGCGGCGCCCGUACACGACAGCUUCAAUUUGGUCUUCUGGUAGAAUUACAUGUACUGGCGCUACUUCCGAGGAUCAAGCAAAGAUAGCUGCACGACGCUAUGCUCGUUGCUUAGAAAAGCUUGGUUUCCGUGUACGUUUUCAUAAUUUUCGGGUUGUCAAUGUUUUGGGCACCUGUAGCAUGCCAUGGGCGAUCAAAAUUGUGAAUUUUUCAGAAAAAUUUAAACGAGAAGCCAGUUAUGAACCAGAAUUACAUCCGGGAGUAACUUACAAGCUGCGUUAUCCGAAAGCCACUUUAAAAAUAUUCUCCACUGGUAGUAUCACAGUCACCGCUGCUAGUGUAGCCAAUGUCCAAGCUGCCAUUGAACAUAUAUACCCGCUGGUUUAUGAAUUUCGUAAGAAACGUUCACCGGAAGAAUUGGAACAGAUGCGCCUUAAACAACAGUUAGCGGCUGGUUUACAUGAUAUUAUUGAACUCGAUGAGACAGUAAAGUUAAAUCGUCGCAAAUCGUCGUUAGUUACUUCAGCUACCUCUCAAUAUCCGAAUGCCAAAAGGCGAUGUACGAAACCGUUGGUUGGUGAGAGAGAAUUCGAAGAAUACGAUCCCGAUGAUCCUGAUGAGGACGGUAGUAGUCUUGUAGUAGAUGACGAUAUGGUUAUGUACGAUCCCAAUGACCUGAUAGAGGGUCCUGAUGAUGUUGAUGAGCAAGAUGUGGACUUGUAAACUCAAUGUUAUGGAUAUAAGAGAGGCAACCCUUAUCAGUGUAUUGUCUAGUGAAUUAUUGAGCCAAAAAGAAGAUAGUUUUGUAGGUAAAAAAAAACAAAAAGAACAAAAAAAAAACAAAAAAACAAAAAAAACAAAAAAAAGCAAAAAAAAAACAACAACAAAAAAAUAGGAAUGGGAUAGGAGAAAACGAUUAUUAAAUGGUGAGAUAUUUAACAUUUGCUGCCAAUGUAUGCUUUGUUUUUUUCCUGCAUCAAACGAUAUAAAAAUUAAUAUUUAACAGCACGUUUAUAGCGAACGUUCAUUAACACGAACAUCAGGAGCUUAAUCAAUCAUUUUUUAUAGCAUACAUGUUAGGAUGGAAUAAAAAGCAAAGAGCGCAAAACAAUAAGCAACAUAAAGAUAUGUUAAAUGGAGGACGACUAAAAUUAAAAAAAAUAAAAAAAAAAAUAAAAAAAAAAAAUAAAAACAUUAAAUAAAAAAAGGAAGCAAGAAAACAAAAUUGAAAAUCUUUUAAAUUCGCGUAUUUUCAAACGUACGAUGAAAAAAACCACCGCCUUUUUCUAGAAUUAAAUUAUUUUAUUAUUAUUAUUAUUAUUACUUUAUUAUGACUUUAACUUUUUUUGCUCUUAAAACGACAUUACUCUCAAUAAUUAUUGAUUGUCUUCAUCCCUGCUUUUUUUUUCACCUCUGUUAAUGCAUAAAAAGAGAAGGGAAAGCAAAAUUAAUUCACGUUCUAUUCAGCACAUAUGCAAAAACAAAUUUUUAAAAAACAUUAUGUUUUCCCUUUCAAUUGUUGUUUUUCUUUUUUAUUGUUAUUAUGG